AUGCCUCAAGAACAGCUGGCCCAAUACCUUCGGGAGAAACAUGCUGAUGUGUUCUCUCGAUUGGACAAGUUGUCUUGGGAAGCCAAGCAAGUUGAUGAGCAUGAUGAGAAGCUCAAGCAUGUCAUGAGCAAAGGCCAAAGGCCUGUGGAGUCGACUGAGUGCGCGGUCUGUGGUGCGCGAAAGCAUACUCACAAGUGGUUGUACAGGGCUGGCAAGAAAGGACUUCGGCGCUGCAAUGGCAGCACUUGUGGAGCUUGCUACCGUUCGGCCAUUCUCCUAGGUGUUUCACGCUCCAAAGCUUUGAUUGAGAAUAGCGGGGCCAUUUCUAUUUUCAAGGUGCUGAGCAGUCGUGUUCGCCGUAACUUUGGCGAUGAGGAUGUUUGUGAGUGUGCUGAAUGCAAGCCAAAGACGUAG